AUGCAUAGGCUACUUAACCCACAGAGGCGACUUUUUUUAGAAGAGCACAGUCCUGUAACACACACCAAUGACUGCAUGUACUUACUAAACGCCAUAAAUGCGAUGUUCGUAAACCACCUUAUGACCUUCUACAGGAUACUCCCAGGCUGGUGGCUCGGCGCUGGAGACAACCAGCCAUUCACUUCGCCACAGAGGUGGACCAAGGAACUGCUCGAUGUCGGCUUCUCGGAGACUGAGAGUAUUAUCCUUAAUAACUCAGCGCUAAAUCAGAUAAACACUGGAAUUAUCGUGUCCGGGCAGAAAGCUAAAGCCUCGCUCUGUGUUCCAAUAGGCGACUCAAUGACUUUCAAGAAAGCCGCUGCAGUGCUACUCGUCUACGCCACGGCUCUCAUAGCGCUGGUAGACAAGGCCAAUUUUCAGCAAGACCAGUCCGUUCUCAUAGAUGCAGCUCGUGGAGGAGUUGGCCUAGCGGCGGUCCAGAUUACACAGACACUAGAAGCCAAGAUAUAUCGCACAGCGGGAAGCGAUGCAAAGCGCGAUUAUCUGAUGAAUAACUACAAGAUACCGGCCACGCACAUAUCCAUUCACGAGAUUCCUCCUUUCUCCUCGGGCUAUUACAUGUCACGAAUUGGAAAGACGUAG